AAUUAGUCGUCCCUAUUUAAUAACCGAUUGAUGCAACUCCGGUUCUAUCUCGUUACUUCCGCGACGACGACCUUCUCUCUCUUCCAGUGCCGUGAGAACGAAGCACAGACAGAUCGAUUUCUUCCGUCUCUCUGCCUUAGCGAUCUAUGAUGCACGGAGGACCAUCCGGAUUUCACAAUGCGCCGGUCACGCGUGCCCUAGUGAUCUCUAGCGCCAUCAUCACCGUAACAUAUGGCCUUCGCGGCCGUUCUCGCAGCAUCGGAUUGUCGUAUCAGGAUAUUACUCAGAACCAUGGUCUUUGGAAGACUGUUCCAUCAAUAUUUGCAUUUUCAUCCUCUCCAGAACUGAUAAUUGGAUUGUAUCUGAUAUAUUAUUUCAGAGUCUUUGAGAGGCAGAUAGGUUCUAACAAGUACUCGGUUUUUGUUCUGUUCAGUUUAGUAGCUUCAACAUUUUUCCAAAUUGCGGGUUUGGGUCUCCUAAAAGAUUCUCAAGUUCUUGCAUCUGGACCUUAUGGUCUUAUAUUUGCCGCCUUUGUACCUUUUUAUUUUGACAUCCCUGUUACUUCACGAUUCCGUAUGCUUGGACUGAACUUCAGUAACAAGUCAGCCAUAUACUUUGCUGGUUUUCAGCUUGUUUUAUCUGCCUGGAGAAGGUCGUUUAUACCAGCCAUAUGCGGUCUUCUUACUGGUUUUCUUUUCCGAGCCAAUAUAUUUUGCAUCCGCAAACUAAAGUUCCCAAAGAAGUUAACGUCACUAUUUUCAUGGUUAUUUUUAUCUUCUCCAAGUUCAUCCCCUUCGAGUGCCAAUAUCAGAAGAAAUGCAUAUAUAUCUAGCAUGGACCAUCGAGUUCAGCGGAACUAUCGAUCGGUGGGAAAUUUUAUGCCAGAACCACCAGAGUCUUCGAUUACGACAUUGGUGUCAAUGGGCUUUGAGACCAAUGCUGCCAGGCAGGCACUCAUUCAGGCUAGAAACGACAUAAAUGUAGCAACAAACAUUCUCCUCGAAGCCCAGUCUCGGUGACUUUAAACUCUUAGCGGUCUUACAUGGAUGGGAUCCUGACCCAGCUUACGACAUCUAUACAAGAAAAAGAGGAACCAAUAGAGUUUCUAUUAGUCUUGGCUUUACAUCCUUCAAUGCCAGCAGAUUCUGGUUUCUCUAAUUCCCUAUCUUUAGCAGUUAAUAGAAUUCACAGUGCUUUACAUUGAUUUUGUACAUUGGGAGGCACCUCCAGAUAUUUAUGUGUUCCAUUCUCUGUAAACAUUGAUUAUGAUCGAACCAUGAUGUAAAUUCAUUGAGGUUUAGAACUCAAUCUUUACUCUUCAAA